GGAGAAUAAACUGUGGUUUGAAAUAAUAAUAUUAAAGAAUUAAUUUUAAAAAUUUUUAAUAGAUAAGCAGCUAGAUGGAGAGAUUUGUAUCAAUCCUCAUUAAGUGAAUCAGUUUCCUUUCAAUUAGUUCUAUUAGUUCACUUAGUCUAAUGAAUAGUUUGAGCUGGUAUAAUCCCUUUUCGACAUUUCUUUUUUUUUUUUUUCGAUUUAUUUUUUUAGAAGAAAAGAGUUUUUAUCAAUUAAGGGGAACAUCCAACCACCCGCACUGGGGUAAAAUAGAAACUUGCAACCAAAUAAACCUCGAAUUGAACCCACUGAGUUGGAUUCGUUGAUUGGUUUUUUUAGGUUUAAAUUGAUGUGUCAUGGUAAGAUGGAAGUGGGGUAAUACCUAGUUAUACUUCGUAGAUAGGGUAUCUAGUUCAUUGGCAGUUAAUGCCAAGACUUAUCUCUCUGUAAACGUUCACCUGAUGAUACCAUUAUAUGAAUGCAAUCAUAUAAUGUUCAAAGGUUGAAGUGUAAUAAUGUAGUCAUGAGG